AUGGGGAAUACACUGAGUGUCCCAGAGGAAGCUGAGGAGGACAAUACCUGCACAGUGAAGAGCUACCAGGCUCUCUCUGAAUCUCCUGACACUGUUAAAAAUGGAUCUGCUGUAUUUGCUCAGAAUCAUUCUCCAGCAAUGAAUGGUGAAGUGGAUGCAAAGGCGAGUGUUGCCCGGGAUAAUGUGGCCGUUUCUUCCCCGAAGACAAUGGAGCAGGGCCCCGCUGCCGAGGCGGGCGGGCAGAGCCUCGGGAGCGCUGCCAGGAGAGCUGGGCCAGCUGCGAAACCCCGCUCUGUGCUCGCCUUCUCGUGGGCUGUACCAGGGCGUACUGAAGAUCCAGCGACGGAUUCAUCACUUGGACCGGCGAAACUUGAUGUCAGCCCUGUGUCUCCCAGCGGGAACAAAGCCCUGAGUGAGGGAGCAGAGGUUCCUGGGGCAGCUGUGCCGGAGGAAGGCUCCGAUAAAAACCUGAGCCGGGCACCGCUGCAGGACGUCGAGCUCACAGUGUCACCUGAGGGAGAGGAUGUGGCCACCUCAAAGCCAAAACCAGUGACCUUCUUUGACAGGAUCUUCAAACUGGAGAAGGGAAAGGAAAGGAGUAAAGCACGAGGUGAUCCCCAGGAGGAGCGGCAGGCGUUGGACGUUCCCGACGGGAGCAUCAGGGCUGUGGGAUUACAGAGCACGUCCAAUGGUGUCCCACAGGGGAAGGAGAUAGAUGACUGCAACCAAAAGGACCUACGGGAGGACUCUGCAGGUGUCACCAGUCCCGGUGCUGCUCAAGCUGAGAAGGCAGAGGUAAAGCAGGACAGCCCCCAGGCAGCUGCUGCAGGAGACAACUCCGUCAUGAGCUUCCUCAGAACACUGGUCUCCCCAAGCAAAGCUGAAGCCAAAAGUGAUUCUGAAGACAAGGGCUCGAGAGCAGAGAAGGGCCAUGGUGGGCAGCCCUCUCCGAAGGCAGAAUCCCCAACCAAAGGAGCCAAGAAAAAGAAGGCAGAGAGUCCCAAGCUGGGCCACAGCACGUUUAGUAAACUCUUUAGGCACAAGGCUGCAAAAGAGACCCAACAGACAACCAACACCAAAAGCCCUGAACAGCAGCCUGUUACCUCUGUCAAACCAGACAAAACUGUCCCUCCCUCCCAAGAGCCGCCGCCGGCCAAGCAGAACCCGAAGGCCCCCGAGGCUGCAGCCGCCCCUCAGGGAGCAGCCAGUGAAGCCCCCAGGGAGGGGAUGAAGGAGAAACCAUCAGCCACCCCCAUGCCCCUGAGCAAGCUCUUCUGGAAAAAGAACGCAUCGGAGGAAGCGGAGGCCGUGAGCAACGAGAAAACAGAGGUGUCUUUCGAAGUGGUGGCUCCGGACAGGGCGGAGAGCAAGAGCCCAGAGGGCUCCGAAGUGAAACCCAGAGGGGCAGAAAGCAAAACGCCCAAGACGAAUCUGAGGAAGUUUUUCAAGCUGACGUUAAAUGCCACAGAGAGGCCACUUGCCCCGGCUGAAGGUGACCCUGUGGGCCAGAGGAGCAAGGAGAGCUCCAAAGACAAGAAGUCCACGGUGGAGCUGAGCAAGCAGAAGGGCAGCAAACAGGAGAACAGGGAGCAGCCAGACCCCCGGGAGCAGCCGGCAGCCGACACCGACUCCAUCCAGAACGGAGGAGACGCUUCCAAGGAACCCUCCUACAAGAAGACAGAGAAGAGGCAGUCCCUGGGAGGGUUUUUCAAGGGCCUUGGUUCCAAAAGGAUGUCUGAUGCAGAGGUGCAAACAGAUCCAGUGUCCAUCCUACCUGCUGGGAAAUCCAAGUAAUGACUCCACGUGGCUGCUGGAGGCUCAGCAGCUCUCUGUGAGCUCCCUUGCAGUAGACAUGACUCAUUCCUUUCCUUUACAUGGCUGUCAUCAAAUGCCUGAGGCUAAAGCAAACACUGGUGUAUCAUUUAAGGUAUAUCAUUUACAGGGUUUGUUCCUUAGAUGUUAGAAAGCGACUCUAAAGAUCAGCAAGUAACGUGUUGUAUGUUUAAAGAGAGGUCGUGUGGAUGAUUUUAAAUCUGUAGAGGGUAGGGUAUGUAAGGUAGGAAGGUGGCAGUGAACUAAAAAAAAAGGCAGGAAAAAAAUGCACGUGACAAAAGAAUGUAGAUUGGGCAGCAAGGCACGAGCAACAAACCCUCCGCUUUAGAGAGCUUUAAAGCAGCCAGGAAAAACAAAAAUCUCCUUUGAUAAAUGUUAUACUCAAAUGUAAAAACAACCGAGUCACUUUUUGUGGUUUCUCAAUAGAGCUGAAAUUAGCUAAAAAAAAAAGCCUGCAGAAUAAUAGAAUCAGUGGUUAUAAAGUUAUGCUUCCUAUUGGUUAUUAAUGGAAAUUAAAACGCUAAAAUGUAAAGGCUUUACGUGAUUGAGACAGCGUCUCUCUCGUCUGGGUGAGGUGGGAUAACAAAUUAAAAGCUAUUUAAGGUUCUAAUAGGAACACAAGAGGGCACCCACGUCCCCGUGCACUCCUAACACCAGGCUGUACCUACAAUCCUGGGAUUAAUGUUUCUCAGAUCAUAGGAAACUUAGUUGUUUGUUCAGAUAUUUGUUUAUAUCCGUACUUGUAAUUAAUCCUAAUAAAAACCAAAAUCAAAGCUGUCCAGGCACCUCCCUGCUUCACAAGACUCCUAUAAUAACUGUAGUUAAUAAAUUUUACAGAAAAUUAAGAUUUCUGUUUGUUCAGUCCUGGGCAAACCUGUACAGGGAGCCACAGGCCUGAUAUUUUAAUCCACACUAGCAUCUGAAUGAUACAGUAGUGUAUAUUUUGACCUCCUUAUCUUUAAAUAAACUAAUGCUUAUCCUUU